CUUGACAGUUAACAAUGUUUGAAAAAAAUCUCGUAAAAGAUACAGUAAUUAGGUAGUUAUAGGUACCGAAUUUCGAAAUCAUCUUUUCGUUUGUCGGGUAACUGUCAGUCUAUGACUACUAUUGCUUCAGUUUAUUAUAAUUUUCCUUCUUAUUUUCGACUGAUUACAAAACUUUCAUCUAUUUCUAGGAGAGGAGAGGUUUUAAAAUGGAUAACGCUAGAUUUUCUGAAGUACGUCUUAAUUUGCAACAGCUCGGCAACAUCAACGAGAUGCAAAAUACAUCAACUUUUAAGAUACGCGCCGAACGCUUUCGAGGUAAGCCUCGCAAUACGGCUCGUAGGAGCCGGCGAGGUGAACAAAGAAUGAAUACAGAAACAAUAAAGUGAAGUGUAAUUGUGUUAGUUAGUUUCAAUAAAUAGUGUUGAAGUGGGCGUUACAUCAUUUCAUAAUGAUUGAAUUUGGGAACCCGCCCUGACGCGAACAGCGCCGGUGUCCGCGGAGGGCGGCGCUCGUGUCAUGGCCCCGGCGCUUACUGUAACUCCGCAAACGACACAUUACGACGUGGUCAACGAGACCGAAAUAUUAGCCCACCGACGACGGGCCCUUGCGUCCGUCAAUAACCUCUCGACACACAUGGAGGAAGAUGAUAUGGGGCUGCAGAACCAGCCAAGUUUGGCGAAAGAUUCGCAGGAGAUGGAACAAAUAUUAGUGGAUCUGGGCAAUAGUGACAUAGUCCAAGCUGAUUUGCUUCAAGCUAUUAAAACUUUGGAGAGUGGGGGAGAUGUUUUGUCAACUGGUGAUCCAGAUGCCAUAUUUCCUCUAUCCAGCUUUGAUUUGCCUGAAACUGUUGAUGCAGAAGGUGAUGCGGCUGAGGAUAAAAUCAGACUUUUGCAGGCUAGGUUAGAACGAAGAUGUGCAUUUCUGUUAAGAAGGUUAAGAAUAUUGCAAGCUCGUUCUGUUGGAAAAAGAGUAGCUGAAGAAGUCACACAAACAUUUGAAAAAUGUACUCGAGGUGCAAGAAAAGAUGGUGGUGGACGACCAAUAGGUUUAAAAGCCUUUAUGAAGAGAGUUGAUACUACUUCUGGUCUACAAGCAAGCGCAGCAUCUAGGACUGUAGUUGGUCCAAAAUAUUAUAAUGCUAGUACUUCUAGAGGUGAUGCAACAAGAUCUGCGUCAUUAGGGGUUCCUUCAGGUACAUUAAAUGGUUUAGAGGAUACAGCUGGUAGCUUGCGUUUUCAUUUAUCAGUGGUGAAACAACAAUUAGAUUCAGAUGCAACUGAUUCUUCAUCUGGAGCAGAGAGUAAUGAUGAGGCUGUUGUAUAUAAUAACCAACAUCAACAGCACAUGCCUAUUGAGAAGAGAGCAUUAUGGUCUUGGCAAAGGACUCGAGCGUCAAUUGCAACACGUUGGUGCUGGCUACAGGCACAGAUUCAGGAGUUGGAAUAUAAAAUAAGACAGCAUAGUGAUUUACAUAAGCAGGUCCGCGAGGCAAAGGGUCGUAUAGAAUUUGAAGGUGAACCAGUUGGUUAUGAAGGGAGCCUCCCAGGUGAUGAUUCUCCCAGCACCUGCGCCAGAAUACGACCCUUGCGUCGGGAGACGUUUAAGAAACGAAAGUUAUUGCAAAUGCACAAUCUGCAUCUUGCUACUACCAAAGCGGCUAAACCCAGUGAUGUUAAGUGCAGCUGCGUGCACCCAUUGGAGUCAUGUGCUGUAUGUACGGGCCGAGCGGAAUCUACUCAGCCGCAGCCACCUUUCUCUACAUUGUCUCCAGCGGAGCGCCUAGCUCUAGUCGAUCCUAGCUACCAUCCUGUGCUUAGCACUAUACAAGAUGUGCCGCCAUCAAUUCACAUGAGCGCGCUCACGUCUCGUCCGUGGUUCCGGUCUCGCAUCAAGUCCUAUCGUGGCGCGCAUAAUUCAUCUCUCACAAAACAGACCAUCCAAGCAUCGCAGCCCACACAGGCUACUUCAACGACUACCAAACGACAUCCUACCAGAUUGAAACGUGGCAGACCGCCUCUAUCUCGCAAAGUUAAAGAGCGUGAUCGUGACGACGAUACUUCGACAUCUGGACAAGAACGUGGGCGUGGUCGAGCAAGCACAGAAUCGCGCGGCUGGAGGCGGCAAUCGUUCGAUAUCGAUAACAUCGUGAUACCACAAAGCAUCGCCGCUAACACGCGGCCUGAAAUACUCACCUAUAAGGAGAUUCUAACGCCUAAAUGGCGAAUAAUGGAUAUAUCAAGAACUAAAUUGAAUAAUGGGAUCAACAAUUCCAACCGUAUGUCGGUUGACGGAAGUGAGGAAGAAGAUGUAUCUGAAAUGUCACUAUAUCAGCGACACGCCCGAGCUGAAACCCAAGAGAGGAACCGAUUUCUACGCAAACAGAGAUCGAGAAGGAAUAACGCUGAACCACCCUUAGACCCAGUACCUGUACAAAAUCAUACACACAAACCACAGCCAAAUAUAAUACUACAAAACAACCAACAAAGCAGUGAGGCUGAGAACCCAUAUACACCACGGAGUUUCCCCCUACAAGACGAAGUUUACCAGGACAUGUUAUCUCUCAUGCCUGAAUCAUACCAGCCCAGCUGUAGUCCAUCUCCAAUUCCGUCACCCCAGGAAGAAGAACUGGAAGACUCCAGCACAUUAUCACCAGCAUCGGUACUUAUGUAUGAAGGGGAUGACCCCGAUGAUGCAGAAUGGAAUCCGAGUGCGGAAAAAUCUGAGCGAAAGAAAAGUAUACUGAAGUAAUUCUCGACUUGCUUCAGUUUCUAAGGAUCCAAAACAAAUCCUUUUGAGCAAUUAAGUGUUACCUUGUUUUGAGCGUACUGAAUACUUCAGAGGUAAAAUAAGUUUUGUUAGUUCUUCUUAACUGGAUUGUGUUGUUUUAAGUAGUAUCUGAACUUGUUUUACACAACUAGUUUAAAGUAUUAUAUAUUUCAUAACAUGGUGUAGAUUUACUGGUCACACCUAUUUUGGGUUUAUAGGAAAGUACAAAGUAGUCUAUCAAUGUCAUAGUUACAAAUGUUUAUGUCAAUGGCAUUAAAUAUCAAAAUUACUAAGUUGGUUUUAGACAAAAUUUUGUUAUAAUAAUAAUAAUUUAUUCAUUGCAAGAAUAUGGUAUGGUGUUACUUUAUAUGAUUAAAAAUAAUUUCACGCGGUAUGUUACUGAUUUUAUUUAAUUCAUGAGGUGUCUGAUAUAUUUUAAUUAAUUAACAUUUUGCUGGGUGACAUGUUAAGCUUAAGGAACUUAGUUACAAAUGUUUGGUACAUAAAUUCCAGGUUUGCUUGCAGAAGCUUAUAUCUGUUAUAAAUGCUAUAUUUUAACAAGCCAUAUAUAAAGUAAAAAUAAAUGUUUUGUGACUUAUCAUCUUGCAGAAGUACUAAAAUGUGUAGUAAAUACUCGAUGAAAUAAAAGCUUAUUUGUCAUGUAAGUAUCUUUACAUUAUUUGCUAUUAUAGGAUGUAGAGAAAUUUACGUAUAUGAAAUGCCUGUACCCAAACUACACAUUAUUGCUUGCUUUGUUGUCUGCGCCUGAAAUGAUGAUUACUGCAGCCAACAUCUUAAUAUUAAAUCCUUUAAAGAAACAAAAGAAUUAAGAUUAAAGAGGUAGACGCUCAUAGCAUUUUGAGGACAUAUUCUUUGUAAUUAAUUUUCGCAUCAUCCUUAACAGAGGGAUACAUUGAUAUUUGUGGUAUUUUUGAUUUGUUGUUUUCAAUGUAACAUUUAAGCUUUAUUAACCUAAUUCAAACCUAAUUUACAUCCAAACUAGGCGACAGUGAACAAUGUGAUUUUUUAUCUGGUUUUAGUUAUUUUUAUACUCAUGAUGAUACCUUUGUAAUAUUUGUUUUUUUUUCACUUCUAUAUUUGCUGUUGUCUUUUAUCUGAGAGUAGCUAAUAUAUUAGAAAUAAACAUCGCCUCUUAUAUAGAAAAAUUGUUAUUUUAAAUAAUAAGCUUUGCAUUUGACUUUAUCCAGACUUGCUGUUUUAUUGUCAAAAUGUUACAGUUACAUCAAAACCUAUUAAAAUAUUCUUGGAAAUGUACUAAUUAUAUGUACAGUACAUCUGCGUGGUUUAAUAAUUGAUAUAGUAGAUGGUUUAAAAGUAUUAUAGUUUAAAGUACUAAUUAUAAUUGUAGUUUAAGUUGUAAGCGCCCGAACCGCUAAGCGAAUGUAAAUAUUUGAGCGGGCACUGGAGGCAACUAAUAGACUGGUUACAAUAAUUUGAAUCUCUAAAAGAGUUUUCAGUUCCGACUUUGUGCGGACGCAUCAAUUACUUAGAUGUUUUGUACAUAGAUACAUUUAUUUUGAUACAUGUGUAAAUAGCUUCACCUAUGUAGAUAAUUCCUAACAGUCUUCAUUACAUAAA